UGCGUCCUGCACGUCCUGCAGUGGAGCGGCAAGGCAACAGGCAAUGGGCAAGCCGCAGGACAAGGCGAUGGAAGGCCAGCUGAGCCGCCUCCUCCACCAAUGGCAGUUGGACCUGGAGCGGUCGACUACACUGCCGAGGUGGCGGCGCCUGGUCAUCAACAUCCGCAGCGCCCAGUGGCUGCUGCCGGCCUACUCCAUCUUCCUGGCGCGCAGUGUGGUGGACGCGGCCCUCAACGCCACACUGUCGGGCCGCCAGACGCCGCUGCUCCACAUCGCGUCGCUGUACGCCGCCAUGUGGAGUGUCGUCUUCUUCGCGUCGUCGUCGACCGAGUGCAGCCAGGCGCUGGCCAGCAUCGUCAAGGUGGCGGAGUACGUGGAGUGGCGCGGCGACGCGGCGACCAAGGUGCCAGCCACAGCAGACUUUUCAAUGGGAGGAAGAGAGAGAGGACUCGUCGAUUCCGACGCAGGACACUGA